AUGCCGGUGCCUGAAGUACCCAAUGGGAAGGAAGAUGCCCUCCGCAAUCUUGUAUUUAUCAUGAAUCGUCCGGCUGCCAGAUUCCAACCUCAAAAUGCUGAUGAUGUGUUUGCUUUUCUCCACCCAAUCCCCCUCAACAGACGUGGAUCUAUCGCGAGCGAAACAAACACUCUGGAAUCCUCCUCGUCUUUAGCGUGGCUGGACACGCAUACGCCUGUACAAUUCAAUCAGAAUCGCGCACCUCCAGGGGCGGUCUCACUUCAUAUGACUCGAGACGAAUCCGCCAUCCCAGAACACCAGAACGCACCUCAUGCAGCAUCGCAAAGUUUCCAAGGGAUAAGCAACGAACUGCCAUGCAAUGAGCAAUGCCUAGUCUUGGUCCCCUCAACAUUGAAUAUUGUUGCCCACUAUUCUGACGCACAAACUUUUAGGACAAAGACUCUCCACGAUAAUUUAAUACCACCUAACUGCUACAUCGCCAAGGGCGUGUAG